AUGUUCAGCGACAAGAUUCGGAUACGUCUGAAAGCCUACGAUCAUCGGGUGCUCGAUCAGUCGACCCACGAGAUCGCGGAUACCGCCCGCCGGACGGGUGCGCGCCUCGCCGGUCCGAUACCCUUGCCGACGGACCUGAACAAGUGGACGGUGUUGAGAUCGCCCCACGUCGACAAGAAGUCGCGCGAGCAGUUCGAAAUCCGCACCCACAAGCGGUUGAUCGAUAUCUUCGAGCCGACCUCCCAGACCGUCGAUGCGUUGAUGAAGCUCGAUCUUCCGGCCGGGGUCGAUGUCGAAAUCAAGGCAUUCGGGAAGGACAGCAGCAGCGCCUAG